AUGGCUGCUAUUUUGGAAAAGCUGCAGGAGUUUCAGAGGGAAAUCACCUGUAGCAUCUGUAGGAGCUACUUCUUUCAGCCAGUCACCAUCUGCUGUGGGCACAGCUUUUGCAGAUCAUGUCUCUCCCAGAUCUGGACACUUGGAGCUACAGCUUUCUCUUGCCCUGAAUGCAGGCAAGUGUCCCCAGUCAAAGAAUUGCCAGGAGUCAAUGGGAUCCUAGCACAGCUGACCGACAUGGGCAAAGAGCUCUGCUCCCUGCAUUUGCAGAGUACUGAAGGACAGAGAGAGUGUGCCAAGCACCAGAAAGCGUUCAAGCUCUUUUGUGAAGAUGACCAGACACCACUGUGUGUGAGAUGUUCCCAAAGCCCAGGGCAUGGGGCUCACAAACUGUCUCCUGUAGAAGAGGCUGCUCACGAGCACAGAAAGAAGCUGCAGCACCUUUGGAGCCACCUGGAGAAGCAUUUCCACGAAGCUGAGGAACUUCUUGAUCAGGAGGAGAGACCCACUGUUGACUGGCAGUGGAUGGUGGCAGGAGAAUUUAACAGGCUGCACCAGUUCCUGAUGGAGGAAGAAUCCCGCUGUAUUGGAAGGAUCAAGGAAGAGGAAAGGGCAAGCCAGGACAGACUAUCCCAGCAUAGGCAAGCCCUCCAGGAUCUCACGCUAGUUCUGCAGGAAGCAGGCCACCAACCCAAUUUGGAUCUGCUACACGAUGUCAAGCAGUUGCUGGAAAUGAGUGAGUCAGUGCUGUCCCAAAGGGCCAAGGCUGUCUUCCCACAGCUGAGAGAAUAUCCCAUCUCUGGCGUGAUCGAGAUGCUCAGAAGAUUCAGAGUGGACAUCACAAUGGAUCCCGCAGCAGCCAAUCCCUUUGUGACCGUUUCUGAGGAUCGGAAGAGUGUGAAGGCUGGAGAAGGCUGGCAGGUGGAGACCAAGCACCCUGAGCUUGCCGUUGGCAACUAUGUCUUGGCUGAGCAGGCUUUCAGCUCAGGCAGACACUACUGGGAGGUGGAUGUGACUCAACUACCUCAGUGGAUACUGGGGAUCUCUAACCCCUCUCUGAGGAGGAAAAAGAAGAGGAAGACCGAGCCCUGGGCCUCUGCAUUCCUGCUUCGCCGUGUCAGGAAAGAAGAGGAUUACUUUUUACAAACCUAUCCCGGAUCGUUGGACCAUCGAGUGAAAGGCCCUGUGCCCAGGGUCGGGGUGUACCUGGAACACUCUUAUGGCAUUCUGGCCUUUUACAAUGUCCUGCAGCACUCCCUCAUUUAUAGGUUCCACGCCAUUCUCUUCACAGAGCCCGUCACACCCAUCUUUUUCCCCGGCCCCCCCAUUCCAGGAAUGAAGGGGCUCCUUGGAAACAGGGAGUUACCUGAUGGAGAUGUUGCUUCUGCUGCUGCUGCUUUGGCUGCUGCUAAGGCUGCUGCUGCUGCUGACUCUGAGGAUGAAGAGGAUGAGAAAGCUUGA